AUGUUAUUCUAUUCAUUUUACAAGACACUUGUUGGAAAAGAGAUAACAGUAGAGUUGAAAAAUGAUCUUGCUAUUACAGGGUACCUACAAUCGGUCGAUCAAUUCUUGAAUAUUAAACUUAGAGAUAUACGUGUUGAAGAAGAACAAAAAUACCCUUAUAUGUUGUCUGUAAAAAAUUGUUUUAUUAGAGGAUCAGUUGUUAGAUAUGUGCAUUUACCCGCCGAUGAUGUUGAUGUCGAUACACUACAAGAUCAUGCACGUUUAGAAGCUCGUGAACAAAAGAAAGCACAACAACAAUAA